AUGCCAAGGGAAUUUACUUUGGCAGACGGUGGCACGAUCCCCGCUGUCGGGCUUGGAACGUGGCAGCUGGAGGGGGACAGAGGCCAGAAAGCUAUUGUACACGCACUCAAAAACGGCUAUCGCAUGUUGGACUGCGCGUUCUCGUAUGGCAACCAGGCCUUAGUUGCGAAAACGAUCGAGCUGUCCGGCGUGGCACGCGAGGACCUGUUUAUCGUGGACAAGCUUGCAAACACUUGGCACUCUGCUGCUGAGGAGUGUCUAGACAGGACGCUUGCUGCGCUAAAAACAGACACCCUAGACCUAUGGCUGAUGCACUGGCCCUCGCCGUUGAACCAUCGCGGCAACCAUCCCAAGUGCCCCACGUUGCCUGAUGGCACUGUGGAUUUUGAAAAAGACUGGAACUACGUGAAGACAUGGCAAGCAAUGAUCGAGAUCCAAAAGCGACGGCCGGAGGUCAAGCGGCUGGGCGUCGCCAACUUCGGCAUUAAAGAGCUCGAAGCGAUCAGCGUGACAGGCGUGCUACCACUGGUCAAUCAGGUUGAGCUACAUCCUUCGUGCAACCAGGAAGAUCUGCACAACUACUGUUUACAGAAAGGAAUACAGCUCGUCGCCUACAGUCCCCUGGGCUCAACAGGAUCUGCGCUGCUUCACAAUCCCAACCUCAGGGCAAUUGCUGAAAAGAAUAAUGCUACCGUUGCACAGUGUCUGCUGAGCUGGGGUGUCGCAAAGGGAUGGCCGGUCAUCCCGCGCUCGUCAUCUCCAGAGCGCCUCGAUCAGAACUUGAACAUUCUAGAGCUGUCGGGAGCAGACAUGGACGAGAUUUCCAGAAUAGGAAAGGCAUUGCCAAAACGGUACGUCACUGCUUCGUGGCAUACUUUUGACGAGAUCGUUUAG